AUGGCUUCGGCAUCGUCUGCGUCUGCGUCUUCGCUGCUUACGACAUACCCAGAUUACUACAACGACAAGAACAUUACCACGGCCGCAUGUCUAAUCAUCGGCGAUGAGGUUUUGAACAGUAAGACCUUCGAUACCAAUUCGGCCUUCUUCGCUCGAUUUUGCUGGGAUCUCGGCAUCGAUCUCCGCCGCGUUGAGAUCAUCCCUGACGUGGAGUCUGAGAUUAUCGAAGCUGUCACUCGGUUGAAUUCCCGUCAUGACUUUGUUAUUACGUCUGGCGGUAUCGGACCAACCCAUGACGAUAUCACAUACCCCUCCAUCGCCAAGGCCUUCAACAAAAAGCUGGUCCUCCACGACGAAACCGUCGAAAAGAUGAAGAAAUUGAACAAAAGGCCAAUCGACUGGAGUGUCGACAACGACGAAAAGAAAGCACGGCUACGAAUGGCUCAAUUUCCCGAAGGCGCACAAGUAAUCUUCCCCGUACCCGAAGAACUCUGGGUCCCUGUCGUCAAAAUGGAGAACGUUCACAUCCUCCCCGGCAUCCCCCGCCUCUUCACAACCCUACUCACCUCUCUCACGCCCCUCCUCUCCCCCCACAUCCCCUCCACUCAAAAACGCACCCGUCUCCUCGUCUCCACCUCCCUCCCCGAAUCCGCAAUCGCACCGUUCCUAACUCGUCUCUCCGAGCGCGUCGAGCCCCAAGGCAUCAAAAUCGGAUCGUACCCUAAAUGGCAGGGUGGAGUCAUGGUCAGUUUGAUUGGACGCGAGGCGCAGUUGACGGAGGAAUUGAUUGGGGAGGUGGAGAGGGAGGUGCAAGGAAGAAGGGCUGAUGUUGAGGCGGAGAUGAAAGGAGAGGAGGAAAGGAGGAAAGAGAUUAAUGAGGACUUGGGCAAAAGGGACAGUGCUUGA